GUUUGGCUGAUGGCAAGCACUGUACUUUUCCACAUCUGCCUGGUAAAAACUUUGUGUACAAUGCAGCAGAAGACAGAUUAGAGCUGUGCGUGGAUGCUGCUGGGCACUUCCCCAUUGGUCCUGAUGUUGAAGAGUUGGUUAAAGAGGCCUUAAGUCAAGUGCGAGCAGAAGCUGCUUCAAGAAGCAGGGAAGCAAGUCCUUCACACGGAAUACUGAAGCUGGGUAGUGGUGGAGUAGUGAAAAAGAAAUCUGAACAACUACAUAACAUAACUGCAUUUCAAGGAAAGGGCCAUUCCCUAGGAACUGCAUCUAGUAGUCAACAACAUGAUCAAAGAGUCAAGGAAACACCACUUUUAAGAAAGCCUAGCACAGAAACGGACUUCAGUCCUUCUGCUAAAGUUGAGCCUUCUGUAUUCACUUCUGCUUCUGGUAACAGUGAGCUUAUCCGAAUUGCUCCGGGAGUUGUGACAAUGAGAGACAGCAGGCAGCUUGACCCCACUUUGAUUGAGGCACAGAGAAAAAAGUUGCAGGAAAUGGUCUCUUCUAUUCAGGCUUCAAUGGAUAGACACUUGCGGGAUCAGAAUACAGAGCAGUCAGCAUCAGUUGAUCUAUCUCAAAGAAAAGUCGAGGCAGUGAGUUCAACUGCUAAAACUGGGAGCUUUCAGGCCGGCUUACCCAAAUCGUUUUCUGCACCGGGUGGUACUGAACACUUGAAUACUGAAUCAGCUGAUGGUAAUGUGGUGAAUUCUGUAGGAACAACAUUCCCUGCAAGGUCUAAAGCACAAAAGGGAAAUUCUGUUGAGGAGCUUGAGGAGAUGGAUAGUCAAGAUGCAGGAAUCACUAAUGCAACUGAGCCAAUGGAUCACUCUUGAUAGGUUAAAAUCUAAUAAGAGUAGAAGAAAUUACUGUUCAAAUGUAAUGUUUAUUGGCUGGGCCACACAAAGUGAUUAGUUACUAAAUCUUGUAUGUAUGUCAAAGAUUAUAUCUUCUUAUUCAGUGCAUGAUAAGCGUGUGAUUGGCAAUAGCUUUCAAUAUUACCAUACUGUUGCCCAGGCUGGCUCUGUUACCUGUAAAUUAGUUAUUAGGAAAUGCACUGAGAUGAAUAUCUGCUGUAAAUGUGGGUUCUCGAAAACUCUUUGUAAUUUUUAAUUCCUUAAAUGUCUUAAAAUUUAAGCCCAUGCAAGGUUCUUACCAUGCUAGUCUAAGGUUACUGGAAAGGCUACAACAGGCAAAACUAGAAAUGUGACAAAGUUAAUCCUGUCCCAGGUACUCAAUUCCACUCAAAAAUGCACUAUAAACAUGAAUUAUACAUAAAUUUCAAAAAACAACUGAAACGAAACUUGAUAAUGCAGGAUAUACAGUACUUUAAUUACAUUGUACUGGCACUUCCUCCGAUUUAAAAACUUUUUCAUUCAUACAGCUGUAUACGCCUGUCAGAAAUCUUGGAAUAAGUGCAACUUUAGUAAACUCUCUAACUUCUGCAUAUUGUCAGUUUAAGCAAGUUAAAAAAAAAAAGGCUACUUAGUGUAUGAUGAAGAUAAAGUGAAUGUGGUGUGGUUAUGCAUGGCUGUCUGAGCCAACGCAACCAUUUUGGUGCUCUGUUAGUGAGUGAUAGCAUGUUUAUAUUUCCUCCCAAAUACCGAGCUGGUCAGAUGUUGUGCAACUUCUAAUACAGCUACAGGCGAGAAGUUGGCAAUUGCAAGAAAUGACAAAUGUUCAAUGGCAAAGCCAUUUAUUUUUUAAAAGACUUUGAUUACUGGCAUUGGUUGGUAAUGG